GACCCCGACGGUAUCCCGCUUAGUGUUAUUGUAAUUGACAUACUCGAUACGUCACAACUGUGAACGUUUCGUCUAAAAUAAACCAUCGGAUUACUCAACAAUAAUCAGUGCGUGUACAUGUGGAUAUUUAUUAAGUAUAUAAACAACCAGUGUUUAAAUAUAUACCUAUCUACAACACACAUAUAUAUAUAGAUAUAUACAUACAUAUAGUAAAACAGUGAGUGGAUAUAUAAUUUGAUAUAAUAUAUUGUUUAUUGUGUGUCGCGAGCUCAACGACCUGGGCGACGAUCGAAUAAGAUUAAUGUGUGCACACCAUCCUCAUCAUGCUCAAGACUGCUGUUUCUCCCGAUCUAGUGAAUCCUUGAUCCUUGAAUUUAACAAUACUACAAUGUCCCCGUGUGUUCUCUAUCGAAUAAGGAAUUCGAGACAGUGAGCAUGAUGCUGGAGUGUGAAUACACACGAAGCUGGUAGCGCCUUUUAGACAUUGGCCAACUACCAGCAGGGUUCUUUUUCCCUUUCUAUUCCCUCUCCCUCUCUUUAUUCCUUCCCCAUUUGCUCUUUACCCAUUUCAAAGUUCUUUAUAAAAAAAUUCCUUUUUUACCUUUCCUUUUACUACUACUACUACUACUACUAUUCCUGCAGCACUAGGACCACCACUAUCACCACCACCAACAGCAGCUCAGCCUCAAGCUCACCAACCAUCACCAUUACGACCAUUACUACUACUCAUUAUACAUUAUUUUUUGCUCUCCUUCCCAAACUCUUAACCCUGUAUGUUUUAUCCACUUUUACCACGACGAAAUGAGACUCUUUGGACCAAAAGCUUUUGCCAUUUUACUGGUGGUACCGCCGCCGCCACGAUUACGUACACCGACACCAGCGCAAACAGGAACCCAAACACAAACAGGCACACUGAGAUCACCACAGAGCUUUAGGUCCAUCGAAUCACUCCUUUCGUCAGUAUGGCUAUUCACGGUAGUCCUGGUAACAUUAACAAUAAGUACAACAAUAGCAUCUGCACAAACUGUCCCCUCGUCGAGCUCAUCCGCAUCCUCAUCUUCCUCGACGGCCUCCGCAUCUUCUCAUCUGUCCCAAGACAACUCGACCCUCCACAUUGUCGCCCGUUUUCCACCUGAAUCCGGCCAUCGCCCGAUUGACGCCUUCGGCAAAUUGGAUCCGAAUUCAACGCGCGAGGGGCCGCUGCGUUUUAAUCAUCUGACGAUUGACCCAAACACCGGAAGACUCUACGCCGGUGCUGUUAAUAGACUGAUGCAAUUUGAUGCAAACCUCAAACUAGAGCAACUUGUAUCCACUGGACCAAGGUUAGAUAAUCCCCAGUGCCAUGCAACCGGAUGUACGUCACGUGAAAUGACAACGUCGUUAAUGGACAACGUAAACAAACUUCUGAUUGGUGAUCUCGAGUCAAAGACUCUAAUAGCGUGCGGGUCUCUGCUCCAGGGUGCUUGUGAGAAGUACAAUAUGUCAAACAUCUCACAGAAGCCAAAUUUUUUACCCCACAGUGUCGCGGCAAAUGACGAGCAUUCAUCAACGUUUGCAUUUAUUGGACCAAAACGUUACAAUGCCUGGGAGCAUACCAGCAACAUUCUAUAUGUCGGCACAACAUUUACAAAUAACGGCGAGUAUCGACACGACGUACCAGCGAUAUCCAGUCGUCAACUGGGUACUCUUGAGUAUGCACAGUAUACAUUCCACAAGCAAUCAAUACUUCACAUUGAUGUUAAAUAUCGCGAUCACUUUCUUGUUAAAUAUAUUUAUGGUUUCAAUGCCAGUGAUUAUGCAUACUUUGUUCUUGUACAAAAACAAUCAUAUUUACCGGAACAAGAGGAAUUGGGUUACGUAUCACGUUUAGCACGUAGUUGUAUUAAUGAUUCUAAUUACGAUAGUUAUACCGAGGUAACGCUCCAGUGUAAUGUUGAUAUGGGCAAUGGGACUGAACAAGUUUAUAAUUUAGUACAGGAUGCCAAAGUUGCUGCCGCCGGAAGUGAUUUAGCCUCACAGUUGGGUAUCACUACGGGCGAUCCGGUAUUUGUAUCGGUAUUUUCACCAAGCAAAGGCAUUACUAAUGAACCGCUACCACGAUCAGCAUUAUGUGUUUACAGUCUUCAAGACAUCGAGGCUAAGUUCAAUGAAAACAUUUACAUGUGUUUCAAUGGCAGUAUCAAGUACCGCAAUAUGGGUUACAUAAGCGGACCAAUACAAGACGGCGAGUGCCCGGAAGCCGGCACCACUGGUAACAUUAUUAAUUUUUGUGAGGUUGGUCUCAAAAUAUCUGGCGUAUCGCCGAUUAUUGGCCAUGCGAUUCUACAGUUUCCCGAUACUUUUGUUACCUCGAUAAAGGUCGCAAACACUGAGAGCCACACGGUUGCAUUUUUGGGGACCAAUGACGGCAUGCUGAAGAAAGUUCUGCUCUCGGGUUCCGAGUCCUCGGUUUAUGAAACUGUUGCUGUCGAUAAGGGACACAAAAUAAUGUCUGAUAUGGUUUUGUCCUCAGACGGUGCUUAUAUUUAUGUACUGUCUUCCGGAAGAAUAACAAAAGUAAAAGUUGAGCAUUGCAGUGAUUAUACCAGUUGCAGUACGUGUUUAGACGCCAAAGAUCCUUACUGUGGAUGGUGUUCCCUGGAAAAACGUUGCACUGUAAGGAGUACGUGUCAAAAAGCCAAUCGUAGCAGUCCAAGGUGGCUGUCUUUGAGCACAGGCCAGCAGUGUAUUGACUUUGAGCAAGUAUUACCCGACCGUCUGCCUAUUAAGCAAAUGGCAACGGUCCAACUGACCAUCAGAACACUGCCUGAAUUACCAUCUGGUGCGAAUUACAAAUGUGUUUUCGGUAACUCUGAGCCCAUUGACGCAACGAUGACUGGCUCUGGUCUCUCCUGUCCUGCACCUCCGAUCCAGCGACGUCCGAGUAUACCCGAGGGCACAGAUCACGUACUGGUACCGCUCUCUGUGCGAUCUAGUGAAACCAAUAAAGACUUUGUGUCACGUAAUUUCGCGUACUUUGACUGUUCGAGGCAUACUUUGUGCUCAGAGUGUGUCACCUCGCCAUGGAGCUGCAGUUGGUGUGUUUAUGACAAUAAGUGCACUCACAAUACAAGCGGCUGUCAAGGUAAUAUAAUAUCUGGUGACAAUGCCAAUGCUGCGACACUGGCAGCUCACGGUGUUCAGUACUGCCCGCGUUUUUCAAAACGCCAAGAGCCUCUAAUGCUGCCCAACAAUGUGCCCAAAGAAAUAGUCCUGGAAGUUGAAAACUUACCGCACCCCCAAAUUGGCCACACCGGCUUCCAAUGCAUUGUAUCAAUCGAGGGCGCUAAUUUACGUGUGCAAGCGCGGGUCGACAGCAGCCGUUUUAUUGUCUGCGACAAAACAAUAUAUUCAUACGAAGCCACUACCGGCGAGUACGAGGCAUCAGUUACCGUUGUGUGGAACACAAAUCAUCAUGUUGACCGCACAACAAUUAUUUUAUACAAAUGUGAAGUACUUGGGUCACACCGUGAACAUGCUGAUUGCUCGCUAUGUAUGACACGUGAUCCGCGAUUUGAUUGCUCGUGGUGCGGCAACAGUUGUAUGAACCGACACUCAUGUCUGCAUGUGCCCUUCUCCGAAUGCCCUAAGCCGCGCAUCGACAUGAUACGGCCACUAAGCGGCCCAAUCGAAGGCGGCACUCUUGUGACUAUCGAAGGCAGCAACUUGGGAUUGAAACGCAGUGACGUUGCCAAUAAAAUUCACAUCGGUAACACUCCUUGUACUCUUGUUGACUACGAAAUAUCAGUGCGCAUUAUCUGCCGUACAGGACAACGCGAGGCCACCGACAAGGCGACCGUCGUCGUCGGCAACGAUGCUGGUUACACUGAAAGUACGGUAUUAUUUCAAUACAAAGAUAUACAACUGUCCGGUAUUUAUCCGUCCGUUGGUCCUCAAAGCGGUGGCACACAAAUAGCAAUCACCGGCGAGUACCUAAAUAUUGGUAGCACAAUAUCAGCAUAUUUGGAUGAAUUAAAGUGUCACGUAAAUGCAACUCAAGCUAGCAGUACACGCUUGACAUGUGUCACCAGUAAAUCAAAUAGUGUUAGACAAAUUCAAACAUUGACACUCAGUAUCGAUGGUGCUAAUCGUACACUAAAUAAUAAUCCAUUUAAUUAUACCCAAGAUCCAACAAUUAUGGAAAUAAAACCUCUACGCAGUUUCGUAUCCGGUGGACGUAUGAUAACUGUACAUGGAACUAAUUUAGAUACGAUACAAAAACCCGAGAUGGAAGUUUACGCAGACAACGAAUUGAAGCCAGUUAAUAGAACUGUUUGUAUUGUCCUGAAUCCUACUCAAAUGGAGUGUCCGAGUCCCAGUGUCGCUGAUAAAUUUUAUAAUCAUCGCGCUAAACGAUUAGUACGGUCAUUGAUUUAUAAACAGCAACAGCAGCAGCAGCCCCAUUCAUUGAUAGCCUCACGCGGUACUAAAGACACUCAGCUGUCAUUGAAGAUUGCUUUCGUUAUGGACAAUGUCGAGAGUGUACGUGAUCUCGAAAAACAUUUUCAAAAUUUACGGCACCGUUUGCUGUACGUUGAAGACCCGAAAUUUUUUUCAUUUCCUCAUAUGGUUAAAUUGUACAAAGGUGACACAUUGGUGAUCGAGGGUGAAAAUUUAAAUUAUGCUAGUGAUGAAACUGAUGUUAAUGUUACGGUGGGUACUGCGGUGUGCAACGUUACGUCAUUAGCACACACACAAUUAGUGUGCACUCCGCCGGAUCAACAGCCAGCGGGUACUGAUGAAAUGGGUAUUAAAACAAAACGUGGUUUGCCACUGGUUGUUGUACGUGUUGGUAGAAGUCUACGUUUUCCAAUAGGUUAUCUGCAAUACGACGUUAUUAAAUCUUAUCCAAUACCACCAGAGGCUAUUGCCGGUAUUGCUGCUGGUACAUUUGGUUUAGUAUUUUUAUUUGUCCUUGUGCUUGUUGUUUAUAGACGUAAGAGUACACAAGCCGAACGUGAGUAUAAGAGAAUACAGAUUCAAAUGGACACACUGGAAAGUAACAUAAGAAUGGAGUGUAAACAAGCGUUUGCCGAAUUACAAACUGACAUGACUGAUUUGACAGCUGAUCUUGAGUCUUCUGGUAUUCCGACACUUGAUCAUAAAAAUUACAUUAUGAAAGUAUUUUUUCCGGGUGUACUGGACCAUCCGAUACUGAGUGAUCCGCGAUCACGUAGUGCAUUAUCACGAUCCAAUUAUGACACUGCGAUGAUACAAUUUGAACAGUUGGUAAAUAACAAGUGUUUCAUACUGACAUUCAUCGAGACAUUGGAGGCACAGAAAGAUUUUAAUAUCCGUGAUAAAGUAAACGUGGCCUCGCUGCUGAUGGUCGUGCUGAUGGGUAAAAUGGAGUACGCGACAGAUGUACUGAUGAACUUGUUGCUGAGACUAAUUGACAAGUCUGUUGAUACGAAGCAUCCGCAGCUGAUGCUUCGCCGUACGGAGUCUGUCGUGGAGAAGAUGCUGACCAACUGGAUGGCGCUGUGUAUGUACAAUUAUUUAAAAGAUUACGCAGCGUCCUCGCUCUUUUUGCUUUUCAAAGCCAUCAAGCAUCAGAUCGAGAAGGGACCCGUGGACGUGGUGACCCACGACGCGAGGUACUCGCUGUCAGAAGAGCGGCUGCUGCGCGAACAAAUUGAUCACAGUGUGGUGACUCUGCACGUGGUGCAGGACGACCUGGACGAGAAGAUCCAGUGCAAAGUUCUCGACUGCGAUACAAUAAGUCAAGUUAAGUCGAAAAUACUUGACGCUUUGUACAAAAACACUCCGUUCUCUCUGAGACCGUCCAUUCACAACGUUGACCUCGAGUGGCGGCACGGCCGAGGCGGUCAUUUGACUCUCCAAGACGAGGAUCUGACGACAAAGUGCAGCGGUGGGUGGAAAAAAAUAAACACCCUCUCGCAUUACGGUGUAAAAGAGUCAGCAGUGAUGUCACUGAUACCUCGACAAACUGAUGCCUUUACAAUGGGCUGCAAAACACCUUAUCACACGUGUAAGCCAUCCUCACACCAUCAGCAGCACACGCAUCAUCAUUCGCUUCAUCGCAUAAAUCACUGCUCGACUGGGCAUCUACCAUCAACACCCAGCCACGGAUUACUCAGUCCUAUAAUGUAUCCCCAUCCACCGGGUAUCUAUUUCGAUGCCCAGCAUUCACCUUCCCUGAUAACCGCCAACGGUGACAUAGAGAGCUCGGGUAAUCAGCGACUCUGGCAUCUGAUAAGGCCCAUUGACGAAGUACACUGUCCUCCCAGUAAUGGGUUUACUAAUAGCAAACAUCAUCAUCAUCAUACUGAAUGCACCCACAAAGCCAUCCCGGAAAUAUUCCUCACGAGGUUACUGUCAACAAAGGGAACCGUUCAAAAAUUCGUCGACGAUUUUCUCAACACAAUUCUGACGGCCAACGAAGCACUGCCCAGUGCCGUCAAAUGGCUCUUUGAUUUUCUCGACGAAGCCGCUAAACGUCAUGGGAUAACCGACCCCGAGGUUGCACACGCAUGGAAGUCAAAUAGUUUGCCACUGAGAUUCUGGGUUAAUUUUAUUAAGAAUCCUGAUUUUAUGUUUGAUAUAAACAAAUCGACGACCGUCGAUUCGAGUUUAUCAGUAAUUGCCCAAAUGUUUAUGGACGCAUGUUCAACGACGGAGCAUCGUCUAGGCAAAGAUUCACCCUCAAAUAAAUUAUUGUUUGCUAAAGAUAUACCGCACUAUCGUGACAAAGUUGGUAGAUUUUAUCACGAUGUACAGAAAUUACCGCCAAUUACUGAACAAGAUAUUUCAAGUGCCAUGCAGCAAUUAAGCGCGUCACACGGCAAUGAAUUUGACGUUAUUGCUGCUCUUAAGGAACUAUACAUCUACGUCCAUAAAUAUUACGAACAAAUUCUCGAGGCCUUGGAGUCUGACGCGGGAUGUCGCAAGUUACAUUUAGCGCAUAGACUUGAAAAUGUGGCGUGCACACUUGAGGGUGAGGAGACCAGUGCCUGCUGACACAACAUCAUUAAAACCAGCUCCAUUAAUUGAACAAUUAAAUAUUUAAAUAAUUAUCGGAUUAUAUUUACUGAUUAGUGCCUCGAUUUUGCGCAUCAGACUUACAAAGCUCACACACAUCCGGUUAAUUUUAAAUCUCUACGCAUUACACUCAUUACUCACACAUUACACCUUUACAUAAUACAUAAGUAUAAAUAUAUAUAUGCAGUAACACCUCAUAAACAUGUAUAAAAGUGUAACACAUUAUCGAUUAAGUGAUAUGAGCGAGAUUGCCAGUGACAACUAAACUGCGAUAGCUGAACAAAGCAACGGACUUGAAUAAUAAAUAAAAUAAAAAAAAACUUUAGCAUCGCGAAUCGCGACAGGUCAUAAGUUCGCCGGUGACUCGUUCUCUGGAUGGAAAACGCAAGGGAAUACAGAGAGACUAAAAAACAAGGUAAAUAAAUAAAUAAAAUAAAAAGAAGAAAAAUAAAUUUAAAUGAAGAGAUAAAUAAGUGAAAGAAAUCAGUCAUUGUGUCCAUCAGUACUGUUUGUACAAAUAUAUUUUAAAAAAAAUAAAUAAUGUGUACGGGCAGCGAGCAAUCUGUGAUCCGAGCACGUGUGGCUACGCCUACUGUCUUAUCGUUUACGAUAAAAAAUUAUUAUUAUUAUUAAUAUUAUUAAUAAUAAUACUAUUAUUAUUAUUACGUUAGAUAUAGGAAGAGUUGGGUGAAGUAAUCGUGAGUGAUUAUGGUAUGCCUUUGAAUAAUAUUCAGAAUUGUAAAUCUGAAUAGUGUAAAAUUGUGGGAAUUUGUAAAUUUUUUUUCUUUACUUUAAUUGAUUAAUUAGAUUUUUUAAAAUUGACGUGUUGUCAGUAAAUUUGUGUAUAAAAAAAAAUUUAGAAAUUUAUUAUUAUUAUUUAUUAAUAAGUAAUAAUAAUAUACAAGGCAUUUAACCGCGUACCAUUUAAUACUCACUGGUAAUUAAUUAUUGCGUAUCAAUUCUUACGGAUAUAUUUUAUCUUU